CCUUCGUGUACGCACGGUCGCCCGCAAGCUUUUAUGUUUGCUUUGCACUUUUUGGGUAAGCCCAAUUUUCGCUUUGUAUCUUUUGGUGUGCUAUUUAUCGAGCGUGUGAGUUGCAUUUUGGCUCACGGCUUUGUAUAGUGCAAUCGAGUCUCGACUCUGGCAGUUCAUCGCGCACAGUGUUAUUAUUCACUCUACGGGAUUCCGGUCGGGACUGUUUUGAGCAAAGUACAAUAUGGAUCCAAACGGUUUUAAGGAGUUUUCCAAGGCGAUGACGGACUACAUCGUGGAGUACCUGGAAAACAUAAGAGACAGGACGGUACUACCGACUGUUCAGCCAGGCUACAUGAAGCCCUUGCUUCCUAAUGAGGCGCCACAAAAGCCUGAGAAUUGGCAGGACGUCAUGAACGACGUGGAAAGAGUAAUAAUGCCCGGAGUAACCCACUGGCACAGUCCCAAGUUUCAUGCGUACUUUCCGACUGCCCAGUCUUAUCCGGCUAUCGUUGCUGACAUGCUAAGUGGCGCGAUUGCUUGCAUCGGCUUUACAUGGAUCGCCAGCCCCGCUUGCACGGAACUUGAAGUGAUAAUGCUUGAUUGGCUAGGAAAAAUGAUUGGUUUACCAAAGGAGUUCUUGGCUUGUAGCGGUGGCAAAGCAGGAGGUGUGAUUCAGGGAACAGCUAGCGAGGCUACGUUGGUUGCACUUCUAGGUGCCAAAGCUAAGAAGAUUCAGCAGGUGAAAGAACAACAUCCAGACUGGAAAAAUCACGAGAUUGUUGGAAAACUCGUUGCGUACGGUUCAGUUCAAGCCCAUAGUUCCGUUGAACGAGCCGGCCUUUUGAGUGGUGUACAGUUUAGAUUACUUGAAACUAACGAGAAGCACCAACUUUGCGGAGAAACCCUCGAGGAGGCAAUCAAGGCGGACAAAGAAAAGGGCUUCGUCCCGUUCUACGUCGUUGCGACACUGGGCACAACCAGCUCCUGUACCUUUGAUCGUCUGGACGAAAUAGGACCUAUUUGCAAUAGGGAAGACAUUUGGCUGCACGUCGACGCUGCCUAUGCUGGAUCUGCUUUCAUUUGUCCGGAAUUUCGUCACCUGCUGAAGGGCAUUGAACGAGCCGACUCUUUCAACUUCAACCCCCACAAGUGGAUGCUGGUGAAUUUUGAUUGUUCACCAAUGUGGCUCAAGGACCCCACAUACUUGGUUAAUGCGUUCAAUGUCGAUCCAGUGUAUCUCAAACACGACAUGCAAGGAUCUGCACCAGAUUACAGGCACUGGCAAAUUCCACUGGGUCGAAGGUUCAGGUCACUCAAGUUGUGGUUCGUUCUUCGGCUGUACGGAAUCGAAGGUCUGCAAAAACACAUAAGAAACCACGUGGCUCUUGCCCACCAGUUCGAAUCGCUCGUACUGUCGGACUCCCGGUUUGAGGUCGUCGAAGAUGUCGUACUUGGUCUUGUUUGCUUCAGAUUGAAGGGCUCGAAUGAAAUAAACGAUAACCUUCUGAAGCGAAUAAACGGAGCCGGCAACAUUCACUUGGUACCGUCGAAAAUCAAGGACAAUUUUUUCCUACGCCUGGCCAUCUGUUCGCGCUACACCGAGUCCCGGGACAUUCAGUACUCUUGGAACGAAGUUAAACGUUGCGCCGACGAAGUGAUCGAGGAACAGUCGCUCUCAAAGUGAUGGCGCGCUCGAAUAACCCGUACCUACAAGGCUUUCUCGCCCGUCACCUGCAACCAGUCCUGAAGCCCAUCGACAUUUCGUCUUUCGACCUGAUGCCGCAUUGUCUAGGAUUAUAUAUUAUCUUUGCUGCUGUUGCUGAUUGUGAUCUCAUGUUGUCUUAAAUAUCGUAUAGAUGUAUAUAUAUAUAUAUGUCCCUCAUCUCAACUUUAUAAAAUUGCGAGUAUAGUGUUUACGCCUGGCUUGUCUUGAUACGUCGUAUACAUCUUUCUUAGUUAUGUCUCUCUCGUAUGAUAUAUUAGGAUUUUUUUCUGACAGAAAUGAUUAGUACAUAAAUAUGACAAUGCAGUUUAGUAAGUACCUGCAAAUUACAAAUUACAGAUUCGUAAUGCAUAUCAGUGGGAGAUACUUUAUUAUCUCCGGCCGUCGAUGGACCGUCUUACCUAACUCGACUGUUUCUACUUAAUUGAAAUUUAUUAUAUCCGACCGUCGAUGGCCCGUCUUACUAACUCGGCUGUUUCUACUUAAUUGAAAUUUAUUAUGUCCGACUGUCGAUGGUCCGUCUUACCUAACUUGACUGUUUCUACUUAGUUAAGCAAACGAUGGCAUUUUGACAAUCAGAUCGAUUGCAUUUAUCGUAACAGUCGGUAUGUAACAUUUGACGUAUACUAUGUUAUUUUUAUACCGUGUUUACCGAAGUGCGAUCCGUACAGUUUUCGUCACUUUUAGCCAGGACGUACAAGACAGGUUUACUACCGUGUAUCAAAAGUGUAACUACAACGUGAAAAAUAAAAUUACAUGAAAAAUCUGUUAAUAGUCGCCACAGGUGCAUUUUGUUGUUAACAAUUUAACAGCUUGGUGAAUAAUAUGUACAAUAAAAAUCAUCAUUAUUAUUCGUGUUUACUGAUAGAAGCACACCUUUAUGGUCUUUUAUAUAUUUCUUAUUCUAUUCUUAUUUAAAAAAUAUUUGUUCAUUUGAAAAAUGUACAUAAACGUUACUAAGUGUGACUUUGAAAAUGCCAUAAUGUGGUCAUUUGUAAAAAGAUGUCGUUAAUUUUAGUGAAAUGCUAAUGUUCUUUUCUGUAUAUUGUUGUGGCUUCUAUUCUCUGAAAUGUAAAUGUAUCACUUGUUAAAAAUUCGCCAAAAUGAUGUUAAUCAUAUUUAAGAUUCUAAUCGUAUGAUAUACAAACAUCACAUCUUUAACAUGAUGUUUAAUGUAAGUGAAAACGUUAUUCUUUAUAAUACUUUAUUGUUUAUAAAUAUUAUGAACUAAGUGUACUAACGGCUCGAGUCCCAAGCUUAUGUUGUAUAAUGAAGCAAUUGUUGCUAAGAUUUUGGAAACUAUGUAUUUUCUCAUUGAUGAAUGAGUACAGGGCUAAUAAGAAAAAAAAGGUUUCUUUAGCCUAAAAAAUUUGCUGCAGUUGGGACAAUAAUAGAAUUAAAAGUUAGAAAAGUAAUAAGUCAUGUGUAUAUACUGACUACGCGGGCACUUAACGACCAAGUAUUAUCGACGGGACCAAUGGGAGUACAUAAUUUAAGAGAUGUACCACUCGAGAUUAUCCAUAGUUUUGUUGCAAAAACUGUUGUAAAUCAAGUAUGAAAUAAUUUUGUUAUUACUUGAUAAUUGAACUUGUUACCCUUAACUGAUAAUUUGUUUUCCUUAUUACUAGUAUUAUUUUUUUUAAUCUUUCCUAUUGAUUUAGCUUUAGAAUUAUUAAUCUUAUAAAAUAUUAAUUCAAAGAUGAAUAAUUAAUAUAGGAGCAUAAUUUUUAAAUGAACAUUGAAAGUAUCUAGAAUUGUAAAGGUUAUUGGGGAUGUGUGAGGGAUGUUUAUUGCUUGUAACUAACAAAACUUACGAACGACUCAAAAAUCUGAUACAUGACACAACACAAGAAUAAUAUUUUAUUUUCAAAUGAUUCAGUAUUUCUAUUUAAAUAAGUCUAUAUACUUACUUUGGAAGA